AUGAACCUGCUAUGCUGGAACUGCCAAGGGAUUGGGAACCCUUGGACAGUGAAAGGGCUUAAAGGGUUGGUGUCCCUUAUUCAUCCCACAAUUCUUUUUCUUUCUGAAACUAAACGUACAGCUGCUGAAAUGGUGUCUAUUCGCAAGAAGAUUGGGUGGCCUCAUGUUUUUUCUGUUGAUUGUCAGUUUGUUCAUAAGAAGAAUGGCAAAGGUGUUAGCAGUUCGGGAGGUGUUAGUUUGCUGUGGACUGACGAUGUUAACAUUUCGCUCAAGUCCUACUCCAAAUGCCAUAUUGAUGUGAAUGUCAAAGAUGAUAAGGGACAAGUUGUCUGGAGAUUUACGGGUGUGUACGGCCAGGCUAAGGCAGAGAAUAGGCACCUCACAUGGUCACUCCUCCGACGACUUGGCCAAAUGGGGGAUGUCCUUUGGGUUCUUGGAGGGGAUUUGAAUGAAAUAACUUCAAUAUCGGAAAAAGAAGGGGGGGCAAGACGUAGUCAGUCUCAAAUGGAUGGUUUUCAUGAUGCUCUCCAGUCUUGUGAUCUUGUUGACAUGCAUUACGUGGGUCCAAAGUUUACUUGGCUGGGAAUCCAGAAUGGGGAAGAGUUCAAACUCCGGCUUGACAGAUUUGUUUCUACUCGUAGUUGGACGAGACUGUUUCCUCUUUCUAGGGUCACUAACCUACCACCCACUACUUCUGACCACCUCCCUAUACUACUUGAGAUCAGAAAGCGACACACUCGACGUAAGCGUAGAAUUUUUGAAGAUUUUUGGUUGCGAGACAAAGAGUGCAAGCAAGUGGUGGAAGCAGGUUGGUUUAGUGGGACUGGAACAUGCCCCUUGUCUACUGUUUCUAACAGAAUUAAUAAUACACGUGAAUUGUUGUUGAGUUGGAGUCACACUAAGUUUGGAAGUCUAAAGAAAGAGAUUGAGAUGACUCGGUCAAAGUUGGUUGUCUUUUAUGACUCUUCCUUUUCGGCGUCUCCUGAUACAACGAAUAGAAAGAAGAAGAAUCUAAUCAAGGGACUCUACAAUGACGAUGGUGUUUGGUGUAAUGAAGAUCAUGAGUUGCAAGACAUUGUGACGUCAUAUUUCAAUGGUCUUUUCACCUCAACUACUCCUACUUUCACUGACAGCGAAUUCAACUUCAUCAAUCCGGUGAUUACUUAUGAGAUCAAUGCUCAACUCACCAAGGAAAUUUCAGGAGAAGAAGUUCGGAAGGCAUUGAAACAAAUGCAUCCAUUGAAGGCUUCGGGCCCAGACGGAUUUUCACCUUCUUUCUACCAACAGUUCUGGGGCGUUGUAGGGAGAUUGAUAUCUGAUAAUUCUCUUUUAGCCUUUGAAAUCUCUCAUUUUUUGAAGAGGCGUCGUCGAGGUCAUGUGGGUUAUGGUGCACUCAAGCUUGACAUGAGCAAAGCCUAUGACAGAGUGGAAUGGCCAUUCUUGGAGAGGGUGAUGGAGCAUUUGGGUUUCUGCUCUACUUGGACAGACUGGCAGGAGUGUCUGGUUUUGAAGGAUAUUUUCCAGCAAUUUGAAAAGUUAUCGGGCCAACAGAUUAACUAUCUCAAAAGUGAUGUAUCAUUCAGCCGUAAUGUUCCACGUGAUAAACAAGAUUGUCUGGCUGCGAUCUUAGGUGUAUCAAGGGUUGACAAACAUGAUAAGUAUCUUGGCUUGCCAAUCGAGAUCAGUUAUUCAAAAGAGGAGGCCUUUGGGUUCCUACAGGAGAAAGUUCGAAAGAAAACUCAAGGCUGGAAAGAUAAGCUUCUGAGUACUGCUGGUAAAGAAGUGUUGCUUAAAGCAGUGGUCCAAUCAAUCCCAACAUAUGUGAUGAGUUUUUUUGAACUCCCAAAACAUCUUUGUGGUGAAAUGCAUCGAUUGAUGGCCCGAUUUUGGUGGGGUGAUACUGAUUCUGAGCGAAAGAUUCACUAG